AUGAAGUACGACGCAAUUGUAUCAUCUGGUAUCGAAAUCGUGGAGCGCAUUCCGAUUCCGGAAGAAUUAGUGCCCAAGGAUGCUCAGGUGGAAAUAACUGCUAAAGUUUAUGCCGGUUAUAACGGUGGCGGCGUUUGUGGGUAUGAGAAAGAUAUGCGGUCACCAUGCACUCAUGUUCUUCAUUGUUUAAGACACGAAAACAGGCUUUGGGAUGCAUUCGCUAUGUUUGACAAUGUAUGGAAGUCAACAAUUUUCUCAGUGGCGUAUGGUAAUGACAAUCUAACCAGCUUUCCACCGGCGAUCGUGAUUGAUUCGCUUGUUCAAGGUGCAUGUAGUGUUCCUACAAUUACCAAGCGUCGCGGUCGCCCUAAAAAAACGUCGCCUGGAAACUCAAGCUGCUACAAUCGCCCUCACCAAAGUGUACAAAUGCAUCAAAUGUGGCGAAAAUGGUCACAACAAACGCAAGUGUCAAGUGGAUCAGAGAGACUAAAGUGCUGA